AUGUCAAACCCAUCCCAGCUGCUCCUCCUCGCAGACCACAUCAAGCUUUCGCUCCUAGAACGCCAGCGCGCCAUCUCGCUAAAACUCGAUCCAAACCCCUCCCAAGAUUCCAACCUCGCUCGUUCGUUAGAAUCUCUUCGAGAAGGCAUCGAAUUACUGUCCACCCGGUCUGACGACGACGAAUCCCUCGAUCAACUCCGCGCUCAAUACAAUGACCUAUCCCGACAGUUCCAUGGCGAGAACUCCACCACGGCCACGGCCACUCUUUCGUCUCCCAAUGACCCUGCACUGAAAGACGACUUUGCGCGGGCACAAACCCGCAAGUCCAGUGAAUCCCAACAGCGACGUGCUUCCAACUUACGAAAGCAAGCAUCUACGCAGAGUCAGGCGGCGAAGAACGUCCGAUUCCGCGAUAACCCUUCACAAGAAUCUCUGGAUGAAGUAGAGGAAGCUAAUCGUGCCGCCCUAUUCCCCGUUCGAUACACCGAUGACGACUCGAGUCGCGUGCAAACCCCCGAUCCCGCAUCGCUGAACAAUGUACAAAUCCAUGCAUACCAUCAACAAGUGAUUGCUGAGCAAGAUGAACAACUGGACCGACUGGGCGAGUCAAUCGGCCGUCAGCGACAUCUGGCCCUACAGGUGGGUGACGAGCUCGAAGGGCAAAUAGGCCUAUUAGAUGAGGUGGAUCGUGGCGUGGACAGGCAUCAAGGUCGUUUGGACGGUGCGACACGGCGGUUACAGGGCGUGAGUCGGCGAGUGAAGCAGAAUUGGGGCAUGACGACCAUCAUCGUUUUGAUCGUCAUCUUGUUAUUGCUGAUUGUGCUGUUGAAAUGA